CCUGGUUUCUGGAUAUGUCUGUCUGAGUCAGGUGUGCUCUCUGUGUUUUUCCUGCUGGUCAUUUUGUCUGUCCGUAAUGGUAGAGUGUCUGCCUCAACUGCUGCUCAAGGACUACACAUGAGAGCAGGCAGUUGCACGUCCCUGGCAGUGUUCAAGGCCAGGUUGGACAGAGCCUUGGACCACGUCGUUUAGGGCAAGGUGUCCCUGCCUAUGGCAGGGGGGUUGGAACUAGAUGAUCUUAAGGUCCUUUCCAAUCCUUACGAUUCUAUGAUUCUAUGAUUCUAUAUCCAGCCAUUGCACAUCAUUGCAGCAAAGCAGAAAGUAAGCUAUUUUCAAAAUUUGAGUAGAGCAAUCUCAUUGUCCUUAAGGGAGAACAGCAAAGCACUUGAGGUUUUCCAUUUGCCCAUAAGGGUUGGUGGGGUGGGCUGUUUCCUUUGGAUUGCCAGGAGAAUACAGCAGCAAAAAUGGUAUUUGAAUAAAAUAUAGUGGACAAGACUAGACUAGAAGUAUCUCAUUUUGAAGAGACCUACAAUGAUCUUCUGCUCCAAAUGCCUGACUACUUCAGGGCUGACCAGAAGUUAAAGCGUGUUUCUAAGGGCAUUGUACAAGUGCCUGUUAAACACUGACAGGCUUGGGGCAUCGACCCCAGCUCUAGGAAGCCUGUUCCAGUGUUUGGCCACCCUUUCAGGAAAUAAAUGGUUCCCAGUAUCAAGUCUAAUCCUCCACUGGUGUGACUUUGAACGUUAUCCACUCAUCCUACCACUGGAUAUGAGGGAGAAUAGCUCAGUGCCUCCUUCUCCACUUCCCGUCCUUAGGAAGCUGACCCUCACAUGCUGCUUCAAUUGUGGCACUCAGCACAGAGUACUCAAGGUGGGGCCACACCAAUGCUGAAUGCAUGGGGAUAAUCAAGUCUUGUGAGUGGCUGGUUGUGCUGUGUUUGAAGCCCACAGGAUGAGGUUUGUCCUCUUGGCUGCCAGAGCACACUGUUGGCUCCUACUGAGCCUACUGCCCACCAGUACCCCCAGCAGCUCCCUUUCUGCAGGGCUGCCCUCCAGCCUCUGCUUGCCCAAUUUUCACUAAAAUCCAGAAAAACUACAGUGACAAGCUUCCCUUCAUCAAGGAGGCAGGUGACCUUAGCACCAAGUACGAUCUUCAUACGUUUUCCAGGAGCUGAGGUGAGAGCAACAGGUCUGUAGUUGCCUGUGUCUUUCCUCAUGUCAUUCCUUCUUGCAGACUGAAAGAACAUUGGCUAGCUGCUAGUCAGAAAACUCAGGGGACCUGUCCUCUGUCUCAGGGGACUGGGCAGCCCUGGAGGCUAACAAUUAAAUUAAAACUUGAGGCAAGAAAAGCACUGAAUGGUUUCCCUCCUCCUUAGUUCCUGUUACUCAGGGAGGGACCACCUUCCACAAGGACCAGCCUAAUGUUUUCUUGCAAACUCCUUUUGCUACAAACAUACUUAAAAAGCCAUUCUUGUUGUCUGACACAACACUGGCCAGUUCAACUCUCAUUGAAUUUUGGUCUCUCGUAUCAUCUCCGUGCAUAUAUGAACCACAGCUCUCCAAGCUUCCUGCAAAGCCUGGCCUUGCUUCCAGAGAUCAUAUAAUUUCUUUUUCUCUGGAGCUCUAUGAGGAUUUCCCUGUUUGGCCAAUCUGGUUUUCUGCCCAGUGUGCUUGACUUUUGGCAGAGUGGAAUUGUCUGAUGAUAAGUGUACGGAGUAGUGAGAACAUGUUCUUCAUCCUUGGGUAGAAUGUAGGGAAACUCCGCAACCUGCUUCGAUGGACUUUUUCUGAAGGUAUAAUUGAGAUGAAAUCAGAAAAGGACCUUCGAUUUGGCCUUGUCAUUGUUGUUUCUGAAUCUGGAGCAUUCUUGAUGGGAGUGGAAAGAUGUCCUGCUAUGAUUUUCUGUGUUUAUCUUUGAGCAUUUGAGUUCUCCUUUUUGUCUUUUCUCCUUCUACUCUGUGAUUUGUAUUUGAGCAUUAUCUUGCCUCUUCCUCUUAAGAAGGACGUUCACCCCACAUAUAAUAGCAGAUUCCUUGAAUGAAGGCAGUGUGGCAUGGGAUAUUUGGAAACCCUCACACUGUAUUGUGCUGCAGUUAUAAACUGUGCUGUUGUAACGACGGAGACCCUUGUGUGUAAAAGCAGAAUAAAGAGAACACCCGAAUGCUUUGUGCAGAGCCAGUUGUCUCUGUAGAGCUGUUCUUCUUGUGAAAGCUCUGUCACAGAUUCCAAAGCGCCAGGAGUGUUUUUCACAUGUUAUCCCUUGGCUGAGUUAAGGUUGUGGGGGUACAUUUCUUGAGCUGGGAGAUGUUGCCAGCAGAGCCUUCAGGGAAGUUGUGGGGAACAGGGAAUUGCUGGCAGGCCUCUACGGGUUUCCUAGACUGUCUGGCUGUUAUAUGCACAGUUAUAUGCAGAUUGGAGUGACCUGUUGCCUACCUUCCCAGAGACCCUGGGUCUGCCUUCGCGUCUGCAAAGCAGGGAGGUGGGGAGAGUGGCCUUACCAACUCUCCUGACAGGUCCAGCUGCAAACAGCUACUGUGAGGCUUUUCAAAGCAAAGUGUUUGUGACACUAAAGGUGUAGGAGUUUCAGAAGAUGGAUGUCACAAAGAUACACUCCUAUUCUUUUGAAAGUGUUUGGGGCAGCAGCAGGAGUUGGGCAUUUUGUGAACAAAAACUGCAACCAGGCAGAGGCUUCUCUCUGGAAAUGUCUCAGUCUUCACAGGCAGGUGCUCCAGUGUCAAUGCCCAAGUCACUAAGAGCAAGUCAUGGACUGGGAGUAUGAUGAACCAUCUGCUGUAUAAGAAGAUCAGGUUUGAGACCAUCUAAAGGAACACGAAGGUGCAGAAAUUCAUGGGAUCUGAAGAGAUGCAAGUGGCCAGCAUAUUACCUGUCAUGUUUCAGAAAUCAUGGCAGUCAGGAGAAGGUCCCAGUGACAGGAAAAUAGGAAACAUAACAUCCGUAUUUUCAAAGGGAAAAAGAGCCAGGGAACUAUAGGCCAAUCAGUCUCACCUUACUGCCCAGCAAGAUAAUGGAACAGAUGCCCUGGAAUGUGUGCAAAGGCUCAUGGAAUGUAAAGAUGUGAUUGAUGCCUGCCAACAUGGCCUCACUAACAUCCCUGAACAGUUUCAUGGCCUUCCACAGUGGGGUUAUGGCAUUGGUGGACAAGGGAAGAGAAAAUGCUGUCAUCUACCUGGACUUGCACAAAUACUUGACAUUGUCCCAUAUUACAUCCUUCUCCUUAAACUGGAGAAAUAUUUAUAUGAUGCCUGGAUCACUUGGUGGACAUGGGAUUGGAAGGAUGAUUGCAUCCAAAGAUCUGCUGUUAACAACUUGACGUCCAAGUGAGAAGUGCUGUUGGUUUAUGCAAUGGUAAACAUGACCCGGCAAUGUGUGCUUCCAGCUUUUAGGCUGCCAACAUAAGGAUGUCGAUCUGUUGGAGUGAGUCCAGAGUGCCGCAAAGAUGAUAAGAUGGCUGGAGAACUGCUCCUAUGAUAAAACCCUGAGAGAGUUGGAGUGGUUCCGCCUGGAGAAGAGAAAACUCAAGGAGGCUUUAGAGCAGCCUUCCUAAAGGGGGAGUACAGGCUCAUGUAAUGAUAGGACAGCUGGUAGUGGCUUUAAAAUGAAAGAGGGUAGAUAUAGAUUAUUACAGAGAAGUUCUUCCUUGUGAGGCUGGUAAGGGACAGGAACAGGUUGCCCAGAGAAGUGAUGGAUGUCCCACCCACGGCCAGUUUAGAUGUGGUUUUGUGGAACUUUUCCAGUGGAAUGUGCCCCUGCCCAUUGCAGGGCAGGUUGGAACUGUAUGAUCUUUAAAGUCCCUUCCAAGCCAAACCAUUUUAGGAUUCUGUGAUUCUAUGAAAUGCAGAGGACUACAGACGUACCUUCUAGAAAGCCCUGAUAAAAAGAUAAGUGCUGAGCAAAGUCUCCAGUAUCUAUUAUAUCUGAGCAGAGUCGUAGAAUCAUUUGGGAUUGAAAAGAUCCUUGAGACCACUGAGCCUAAAGGUUAUCUUCAGACUGGCAAGGCCACCACAAAACCAUGUGCAGUGUUAUCCAGGGAUGGUGACUACACCACUUCCCUAGGAAGCUUUUGCCAAGACUUGAUAGUGCUUUUGGUGAAGAAGUGUCUCCUAACAUCCAAUCUAGACCUUCCUGGCACAAAUUGAGGCCAUUUCCUCAUGUUCUGUCACUUCUUACUUGCAAGAAGAGACUGACCCCAACCUCACUACAAUCACUUUUCAGGCACAGGCUUUGGCUGUCCUAUGCUGUGUUCUGAUGCACAAAUCCUUUGGUGGAAGGAAAAAUUCAGCUCAUUGUAAGCGAGGAACCUGCAGGCAGCACCCACUUGCUACCGGUGAGAAAGCCACCUACGAGCAAUAAGGCCACGUAGAACUUCUUUUCCUGGGACAGUGGAAAUGAACAGAAACUGCCCUCUGGCAGGAAAGCUCUAAACUGGCUUGAAGAGCUGACAUGGGGAUACUCUCUCUUUUCCCUGAGUGGGAUCUGCCUGGCAUGCUGUGCCUUACUGAGGUCCUGUGUGAAGCUACUCUGCUCAGGGUUCUCCAAAUUCAAACAGACAUAGGACAAUGGACACUAAUCUCCUCCAAUAGGACACCUGUAACAAAUGGAGUUGUGAAAGACAUCUGAAAGAGUAGGAGUGCCUCUCUUCUGGAGAUCAAAAGAAACCAGCACCUCCUGGUGUAAAACUGCUGCUUCUCGGGUCAUUCCAGCUGGAUGGGCCAGGUGUCUGAUGCAGGUCAUAACUAGAGGAUUUAUCAAGGUUUUUACCCAAUGAGAGGAGGAAAGCCUUUUUCUAGCAUUUUAGAACCUGCAUGCACUGCUGAGCUUUCCCGCGGGCUCUUCGGAGGCGCCCUUUAAGAAGCAAUGCUGUGAGCGGACUAUCCUGGGCGCAGGAACUUCCCGCGCCUCUGCAAGCACCACCACUCUCGGCAUCAUCCCACUGGACGACUUCGCCGCCGCCUCCCACCAGCUCUGCCUCACUCCUGCGUGUCCGGCCUCGGUCUGCGACGGCCACGCUGUGCACAGCUCGCCUCCGGGGCUUCACCAGCGACGGGCUCUGGGCAGCGAGGGAAGCUGCGGGGCAGCGGCGGCCGCGCGGAACUCUCGGCGGUCCUGCCCCGUGAUUGUGUCCCCGGAGCGAUGUGCUCGCAUCCUGCGGCGGGGCCCAAACGCGGGCGAGCGCCCAGCAGCAGCGCUUUUGCGCACGGGACCGUGUGCCGGGGUGAGCCGGCAGCGCAGGCAGCAAGCGGCGGCGGGCGCAGUCCCGCCUCGGGCCGCAGGGUGGUGCUGCCGGCCAAGGCGCUGCAGAGCGGCUGCAAGAGGGGAGGACGCUGAGCCUACGUUGGUGUGCCCAGCCAAGCCGAUUCUAGACGAGCCGAGAAGAGCCGAAACCAGCCCAGCACAGUCGAGACAGGCAGCGGAGGCGAACGGUACCCUUUCCACCCGCUGCCGGGCCAAGGCGGCCGCGAUCCGGGCUCCAGCUGGAGUCGAAGAGCGGAAAGGCGCACGCCCGCCGCGCUGCUGCCGGGACCUGCUUGCCGCGGAGGACUGCGCGGACGAUCCCCGACACGGAGGCUGUCCGCCGCCCCGCCAUGGCGACCGCAAGGCAAGUGCUCUGUCUCUGUGCUUUCCUCUCCCUGCUGCACGCUCGCGCUGAGCCCAUCCGCUACUCCGUAGCUGAGGAGGGCGAGAGCGGCUCCGUGGUAGCCAACGUGGCGGAGGACGCGGGGCUGUCCCCGGCGCAGCUCUCGGCUCGCGGCGCCCGCCUGCUCUCGGAGGACAGCCGGCAGCACUUUCGCUUAGACCGCGCCAGCGGCCGCCUCGUCGUGGGCGAGCGGCUGGACCGCGAGGAGCUGUGCGGGCAGUCCGCUACCUGCACGCUGCCCUUCGAGCUCCUGCUGUCAAACCCCGUGCAGUUCUUUCGGGUCGAGGUGGCCGUGGAGGACAUCAAUGACCACGCGCCCGCUUUCCCGGAGAAAGAAAUCACUCUUAAGAUACUGGAAAGGAGCGACCCUGGUUCACGUUUCCCUCUGGAGGGUGCUUGGGACCUGGAUGUUGGCAGCAACAGCAUCCAGUCUUACAGCAUCUCUCCAGACAACGAGUACUUUAGUAUUGACUUUGGGAGUCGGAUUAAGGGAAAAAUGUAUGUGGAACUUGUUUUGGAAAAGCCGCUAGACAGAGAGGAGCAGGCAGAGGUGGAUUUCACUCUCAUUGCUGUGGAUGGGGGCUCUCCACCCAGGAGUGGGACCACCCAAAUCCACAUUGUUGUUCUAGAUGUAAAUGACAACGCCCCCAUCUUCUCAGAGGAGUUUUAUGUUGGGCAGGUUUUGGAAAAUGCCCCGAAGGGCUCUGUGGUUCUCAGAGUAGUGGCAACCGAUCGGGAUGCAGGAGUUAAUGGGGACAUCUCCUAUCAGUUUAGCCAAGCAGGAGGCCAGAGCCACUCGGCAUUCACAAUUGACCCCACAAGCGGUGAAAUUAAACUCACAAAGCCUCUGGACUUUGAGGUAGCAGAGAAUCACGAGCUCAGCGUGCGAGCCACAGAUGGCGGGGAUCUCUCAGCAAUCUGCAAAGUGUUGGUGGAGGUGGUGGAUGUGAAUGACAAUGCACCGGAGCUGGUGGUCAGUUCCUUUAGCAGCCCCCUUCCUGAGAAUGCAUUACCCGGGACAGUGGUCGCCUUAUUUACUGUCAGAGACCGGGAUUCUGGUGCCAAUGGGAAGAUCUUCUGUGCCCUUGAGGACCAGUUGUCAUUCUCCCUGCGGCCAGCAUAUAAGAAUUACUUUGAGUUGGUGACUGUGAGUGUGCUGGACCGGGAGAAGACAGCACGGUACAUCCUCACAGUCACAGCAGCAGACGCGGGGUCACCUCCUCUCACAACGACCCAGACCUUCACAGUGGACAUCUCUGAUGUCAAUGACAAUGCACCUGUGUUCAACCAGACAUCAUACACCAUGUAUGUGCGUGAGAACAAUGUCCCCACAGUGCUCGUUGGAACCAUAAGUGCUACAGAUGCUGACGUGGGGCCUAAUGCCAAGGUGACCUAUUCCCUGUUGCCAGCCCACCCUGCAGGGCAGCCUUCCUGCUCCUGCAUCUCUGUGAACUCUGAGACUGGGGAUGUGUUUGUGCUGCGGCCCCUGGACUAUGAGAAGGUGAGGCAGAUUGAAGUCCUGGUGAAAGCCUCCGACGCAGGGUCACCUCCUCUCAGUGCCAAUGUCACCAUCCGCCUUGUUGUAGUGGACGAGAAUGACAAUGCCCCUCUGGUGCUGUACCCCUCACAGGAGAGCAGCCCUCCGUCCAGUGAGUUGGUGCCCAUUUCAGCUGAGGCAGGCUACCUCAUCACCAAAGUGGUGGCUGUUGAUGCUGACUCAGGGCAGAACUCCUGGCUCUCAUACCACCUGCUGAGGGCCACUGAUCCUGGACUGUUUGUGGUGGGUGCCCAAAGUGGGGAGGUGCGACUGAGAAGGCCGGUGACAGAGAGAGAUGCUGUGAAGCAGAAGCUCGUUGUGCUGGUACGAGACAACGGUCGACCUCCACUGUCAGCCACUGCAGCGCUUAGUGCACUCGUGCUCAGUGACUUCUCAGAUGUGCGGCUAACACACAGCAGCCUGGCCAUGGAGGAUGACGGCAGCUCCCUGACGAUAUAUUUAAUCAUUUCCUUGGUCUUCGUCUCACUCCUCUUCCUCGUGUCCACAGCAGCCUUAAUCACUCGGAAGGUGUGCAAGAGAAGGGAGCUGAAGGAUGGGCACGUGCUUUACGGCGCCAGCAACUUGCAGAGCAGCCUGGCUGAUGCGGCUGCUGCAGGGACCCUGCCCCACGCCUAUUGCUAUGAGAUCAGCCUCACGACGGGCUCGGGCAACAGCGAGUUCAAGUUCCUGAAGCCCAUCCUCCCCAGCCUUCCUCCACAGCUGCAUGCCACAGGUGAGGGCACCAACAAUGAACAGGAUUUCCCGUGUGGCAUUGUCACUGCAGAGGACAUGGCACCAGACAACCCUGAGAUGCUCUCUGCAGAACAAUUCAGUAGUCUUUCCUUUAACUAGGAUGGUGUCAGCACAGACAGAGGCUUCACAUCUAAUGACGUGAAGGGAUCCCUGCUAGGAUAUGUGGCUAUGGGAUCUCCAUAGUAAAUUUGGAUUUACAGUUGGCGUAAAAGAUUUCCCACAAAGUGAGAAAGAAUAUUGACUUCUCCUACAGUAAAAACCCCAACAAAACCCAACAAAGAAACUAAGGCUGCCUCAUUUAGGAAACGGCAUAUUUCAGCUCUAUUAUAGAGGUUAAAAUACAUUUCUGAAAUGGUUUUAGUUCCACGACUGCAGCUACGAUCUCAUCUCAUUUGCUGUCAGGCAAGACUAUGGACUAAUUCCUGUGUGCUGUAACACAAUGGCGUGGUCAGGCAAACUACAAUCUCACUGAAAUGCAGGUAGCCUUCCUCGUGGGUCAGGAAAGCGAGGACCUGUGAGCACUGUGUGACAAUGUGGUGUGAGCACGGGGCUCUCUCUUCUCUGAUUUCUGAAUGUCUCUGUCUCAGAUGGGUGGGCUCUGUGUGUUUUUCCUUCUGGACACUGUGUCUGUACAGCAGCUGUGUGUCUGCUUAGGCUGCACAAGGGCUAGACAUCAAAUCAGGCAGUUGAGCACAUCCAGCCAUUGCACAUCAUUCCAGUGUAGCAUAAAGUAAGUUAUUUUCAAAAUUUGAUUACAGCAGUCUCACUUUCCUUAAGGGAGAGCAGCAAAACACUUGAGGUCUUUCACUGGCCCGUAAUGGCUGGUUGAGUGGGCUGUCUCCUUGAGAUUGCCUGGAGAAUACAGCAGCAAAAAUGGUGUUGGGAUACAAUGUAAUGGACUAGACCAGACCAGGCAAGACGAGACUAGAAUACACUAGAAGUAUUUCAUUUUGAAGGGACCUAGAAUGAUCUUCUGCUCCAACUACCUGACCACUUCAGGGCUGACCAAAAGUUAAAAAAUGUUUUAAUGACAUUGAACAAAUGCCUGUUAAACACUGACAGGCUUGGGCCAUUGACCCCAGCUCUGGGAAGCCUGUUCCAGUGUCUGGCCACUCUUUCAGGAAAAAAAUGCUUCCUAAUGCCAAGUCUCAUCCUCCACUGGUGUGGCUUUGAACUAUUCCUACACACCCUAUAAAUGGAUAUGAGGGAGAAGAGCUCAGUGCCUCCCUCUCCACUUCCCCUCCUUUGGAAGCUGACCCUCACAUGCUGCUUCAAUUGUGGCACUCAGCACAGCACAGAGUACUCAAGGUGAGGCCACACCAAUGCUGAAUGCAGUGGGAUAUUCACAUCUUGUGAGUGGCUGGUUGUGCUGUGUUUGACCCUCACAGGAUGCAGUUUGCUCUGUUGGCUGCCGGAGCACACUGUUGGCUCCUACUGAGCCUGCUGCCCACAGUACCCCCAGCAGCUCCCUUUCUGCAGGGCUGCUCUCCAGCCUCUUCCUGCCCAAUUUAGACUAAAAUCCAAAAAGACUACAUUCACCACUUUCCCUUCAUCAAGGAGGCAGGUGGCCGUAGUACCAAGUAUGAUCUUCUCCAUAUGUUUUCCAGGAGCUGAGGUGAGAGCAACAGGUCUGUAGUUGCCUGUGUCUUUCCUCAUGCCAUUCCUUCUUGCAGACUGAAAGAACAUUGGCUAGCUUCCAGCCAGGAAACUCAGGGGACGGUCCACUGUCUCAGGGGACUGGGCAGCCCUGGAGGCUAACAAGUAAUUUAAAACUUGAGGCAAGAAAAGCAGUAAAUGUCUUCUCUUUAGUCCCUGUUACGCAGGGAGGGACUACCUUCCACAAGUACCAGUCUAAUGUUUUCUUUUGACCCUCUCUUGCUGUAAAUGUACUUAAAAAAGCCAUUCUUGUCACCUAACACAACACUGGCCAGUUUCAACUGUGGUCGAGUUUUGGUCUCUCGUGUCUUCUCCCUGCAUAUAUGAACCGCAGCUCUGCAAGCUUCCUGCAAAGCCUGACCUUUCUUCCAGAGAUCAUACAAUUUCUUUUUCCUCUGGAGCAAUACAGGAAGAUCGCUGUUGGGCCAGGCUGGCCUUCUGACCCAAAAGCUUGAAUUUUGGCACAGUGUAACUGCCUUCUAAUAGACUGUAACUGUACAGAGUAGUGAGAACAUGUUAUUUGUCCUGGGGUGGAUUGUAGGGAAAAUCCACAAGUUGCUUCAAGGGACUUUUUCUGAAGGUAGAAUUGAGAUGAAAUCUGAAAAGGGACUUUGGGUUUGGCCUUGUUAUUGUUGUUUCUGAAUUCAGAGGUUUCUUAAUGGGAGUGGAAAGAUGUAUUGUUAUGAUUUUCUGUAUUUUUUAUUAGACAAUUGCAUUCUCCUUUUUGCCUUUUCUUCUUUCAGUCUGUGAUCUGAGCAUUGUCUUGCCUUUCCUCUUAAGAGUGACUGUCACACCCAUGUAUAAUAGCAGACUGUUUGAACAAAGGCAGCAUGGCUCGUGAUAUUUGGAAACCCUCACACUGUAUUGUGCUGCAGUUAUAAACUGCUGUUGUAACACAGGAUACCCUUGUGUGUAAAAACAAAAUAAAGAGAACAUCCAAAUGCUU